AUGCUUCAUGUGAUUCGUUGCUCGAUGCUCUCAAUUCUGAUUGGUUCACUGCGAGUCUUUAUAAUGGGCAUCUCUAACUUAGCCACUUCAACCUAUGUCACUAUGGUGCCGUCAACAACGGAAGACUGCCAAAUUACUCGCGGCCGACUUGCUUCUCUUUUUGUGCCCUCCACAACACAGGAUUUAAAUAAUUACUCGUCAUCGUCCAACUCUGUGGAUUUAUCCGAACCACAAAGACGAAGGCUCAAACGCAGAACCUUGAUGCCUCGAUUCAUUUGCAAUGCUAGGGAGAACUCGUUAAACUCUACUGUGUCAGCCGACUCUAAUGAGGCGCUAAAUCUUCCUUGGAGUGGUUGGCGUAGACGCCGCUCCUCGUCGAAAGGAUCGUAUGAGUUGAUACAUGAAUCCCAUGAAUUGUUAAUAAUAUGGCAAAAGCACCCAGUACGGAAGAAAUUUCCAAAUGCAAAUUCCUCCUGCCCAUGUUGCGUGGAGUUGGCCUUCGUCAACAAAAAGAACGCUAGAGGUGAGAAAGCGCCUCAAUAUUCUUCAAUGAUGAAAGAUCCACCUGACUUCAGUGAGUAUAACCAGCGUGAUCCUGUCUUUGGUGCUGCCUUAGAGGAUCAAAUUUCUAGUCCCGAUUUCCCAAACGUUCCACUUGUUUUGCAAGCAACAAUAGCAGCGCUAGAAUCCCGCGGUCUUCAUUUUACUGGAUUAUACCGAGCUCCUGGAAGACAAAGUGAAAUUGAUCGAUUCGUUUGUGCCUCCAAUCUCUCUGUCCUCAAUCCUCAUUACAUGCUUUCUCUACCCACAUGGAAUGAUAUUAAAGCUUUGACUGGGGUCAUCAAAGUGUUUCUUCGUCGUCUGCCGGAGCCUAUCUGCGAUCCUUCAUCGUGGGCACAACUAGCCGACACACUUCCCGAAAAAACGGAAGGAAUGAAUAAAUCUUCCCUUUUCGCAGCUCUUAAGAGUAUACGCUCGAAUCUUAUUAAGGACCGCUCCACGUCAUCGAAGAAAUGGCAAUGGCGCUUUGCAACUUUAGAUUUCCUCUUCACUCACCUCCGACGGAUCGUGGCCCUUGAAAAGGUGAACUAUUGUAGCUCGAAGUGCAUCGCAAUUUGUUUUGGGCCGUGUUUAUUUAAUGCGGAUUUGCGAAGUCAGGCAAAAUUCAAUGUGUUACUGGAAUUAAUGCUGCAACACUGGCCCUGGUUAAAGGCAGAGUUAGAUAAGGAAUUUCCCUCACAUUCCCAACACAUCGGAGCCUAUAUAGAAGAUUUCCUUGAAAAUGGUCCAGACUUUAGCCAGGAUUUCAACGCAUAUGCUAGCUUGAAGUACGCAAGAUCGACAGAAGAGGUUCUUGAUAUCGUUAAAAGAAUCUUGGAGAGCGCCCAACAAAAUGAAGUUGGCCAAUGA